AUGAGUAGCGUUGCCACUGCCACCCAGGCUAUCACCAGCCCCCUCACUGGAUCAGCAACUUUCCUCGUCCUCUCCAUCAACCCCUCCGCCAUCUCAACCGUCCGCUCAACCCUCGCCAGCGUCUCCAGCAUAGCCAAAAAUGUCGCAUUUCGAGACCCCCGUGCCAACUUCACCUGUACCAUAGGAAUCGGGAGCUCCAUCUGGGACAGACUCACCAACCUCCCCCGACCCAAAGAACUGCAUCCCUUCCGCGAAGUCAAAGGCGCCAAACACACUGCCCCCUCUACCCCAGGCGAUCUCCUCUUCCACAUCCGCUCCGAACGACGCGACCUCUGCUUCGAAUUCGAGCGCCAACUAAUGGACCGCCUGGGUAACUCCGUAAAUCUCAUCGACGAAACAGUAGGAUUCUCCUACUUCGACGCCCGCGACCUCCUAGGCUUCGUAGACGGUACCGCUAAUCCCGUCGGCCCAGAUAUCCAACCCUCCGUCCUUGUCGCUAGCGAAGAUGACCCAAAUGCCGAUGGAGGCAGUUAUGUCGUUAUUCAAAAAUACCUUCAUGACCUAGCAGGGUGGAAAAGCCUUCCAACGGAAAAACAAGAGCAGAUUAUCGGACGUACAAAAUCUGAUAAUAUUGAGCUUGAUGAUGCCGAGGAUGGGAAACAGGCUUCUCAUAAGACGCUGAAUACGAUUGAGGAUGAAAAUGGUGAUGAGCGUGACAUUCUUCGUGAUAAUAUGCCUUUUGGAUCGCCUUCUAGUGGAGAGUUUGGGACUUACUUUAUUGGAUAUACCAGGCGAUUGUGGGUUAUUGAGAGGAUGCUUGAGAGGAUGUUUGUGGGUCAUCCCCCUGGCUUGCAUGAUCGGUUGUUGGACUUUUCGACGCCGUUGACUGGUACUGUUUUCUUUGCACCGUCGGCUGCGGUGUUAGAUGGACUUGACGGUUGA